CCUCCAGCCUUCCCGGGCCACUGGGCCUGCAGACCUGGUUGCUAGGCGGAAGCUGGGCGCGGCGGUGGCCGCGGAGAUUGCCCGGGCGUUUGAAAAGCGGUUACGCAGGCGGCAGAAGGUCGUCAAGCGGCGGGCUCGCCACUACCUGGCGGCGGGCCGGGCUGGGCUGCCCAGUAGCUCUUCCCUCCGUCCGGGAGGAGUUGGGGGGCUGGGCUGGCGCCCCAGAGCUGGGGAGCGCGGCGCGCUGCGGGCGGCGGCGUCCGGGGCCCUGACGGGCGGCGGGAGCCGUUCCGGGAGCCCAGCUGGUGGUCGUGGCCUCCCCGCAGUUCGCUGGCCUCCCCUUCACCCGCGCGGACCCCGCCUGAGGCCUGCAGACCGCGACCAUGGUCUCCAAGUCCGACCAGCUGCUCAUCGUCGUGUCCAUCCUAGAAGGUCGCCAUUUCCCCAAACGUCCAAAGCAUUUGCUUAUAGUCGAAGCCAAGUUUGAUGGAGAACAGUUGGCCACUGAUCCUGUGGACCAUACUGACCAGCCAGAAUUUGCUACAGAGCUAGCCUGGGAGAUUGACAGGAAGGCACUUCAUCAGCACAGGCUGCAGCGUACUCCUGUCAAACUCCAGUGUUUUGCCUUGGAUCCUUUAUCUUCAGCCAAGGAAACUAUAGGUUACAUUGUUCUAGACUUAAGAGCUGCUCAAGAAACAAAGCAGGCACCAAAAUGGUACCAGUUGCUGAGUAAUAAAUACACCAAGUUCAAGUCUGAGAUACAGAUAAGCAUUGCUUUGGAAACAGACACAAAGGCACCAGUGGAUAGUUUUAAAGCAAAGGGAGCCCCACCUCGAGAUGGAAAAGUACCUGCCAGCCUCUCUGGACUUGAUCCCAAGGAUAUUGUGGCAGUGCUGAAUGAGGAGGGAGGCUACCAUCAGAUCGGACCCGCUGAGUAUUGUACUGACUCCUUCAUUAUGUCAGUGACCAUAGCGUUUGCCACCCAACUGGAGCAGUUAAUUCCAUGUACCAUGAAACUUCCAGAAAGACAGCUUGAAUUUUUCUUUUACUAUUGUUUAUUGGGAAAUGAUGUUACAAAUGAACCCUUCAAUGAUUUGAUCAACCCAGACUUUGAGCCAGAGAGAGCAUCUGUUCGAAUACGCAGCAGUAUAGAAAUACUUCGUGUUUACCUAGCCCUUCAGUCUAAACUUCAGAUUCAUCUCUGCUGUGGAGACCAGUCACUUGGAAGUACAGAAGUACCCUUAACCGGGUUACUGAAAAAGGGUAGUACAGAAAUCAACCAACGUCCGGUCACAGUUGAGGGGGCUUUUAUCCUUGAGCCUCCAAACCGAGCCAAACAAAAGCUUGCUCCUAUUCCUGUGGAGCUAGCCCCAACUGUGGGAGUGUCUGUGGCUUUGCAGAGGGAAGGCAUGGACGCCCAGUCUUUAAUUGAAUUAAAGACCCAGAAUGAACAUGAACCACAGCAUUCAAAGAAGAGAGUUUUAACCCCCAUAGAGGAGAAGACACUUACUGGGCCCAAGUCACCAAGCAUGUCCCCUGUUCCACCUCAAAACCAGUUACCUCCAACAAAAGAAGAUGCAACAGAGAGUGAGGUGGAAAGCUUACGGUAUGAUAAAGUCACAAAACCAAAUCCAAAGGCUAUCAGUUCUUCUGUACCUGCUUCAGUGGCCCAGCCAGGGUUGACAUCGAAUGCCUCAGAAACAGCUUCAGGACAAAAGGUUGCUGUUCCAGCAACAUCGCAUCAUUUUUGCUUUUCAAUAGACUUAAGGAGUAUCCGUGAUUUGGAAGUUGGGUUUCCAAUCAACUGCAUAUUAAGGUACUCGUAUCCAUUCUUUGGAAGUGCAGCUCCUAUUAUGACUAAUCCUCCUGUAGAAGUUCGAAAAAACAUGGAAGUUUUUCUUCCCCAGUCUUACUGUGCAUUUGAUUUUGCAACUGUACCUCAGCAGCUGCAAGAUACCUUCUUAAGGAUUCCAUUGCUGGUUGAAUUAUGGCACAAGGAUAAAAUGAGUAAAGAUUUACUUCUGGGAAUUGCCAGAAUCCAGCUUUCUAACAUCUUGUCUUCAGAAAAAACUCGCUUUUUAGGUUCUAAUGGUGAACAGUGUUGGCGUCAAACUUUCAGUGAAAGUGUACCUAUUAUAGCGGCACAGGGGUCAAACAACAGGAUAAUAGAUCUUUCUUACACAGUGACUCUGGAAGAUUAUGGACUAGUAAAAAUGCGUGAGAUUUUUAUCUCUGAUUCAUCUCAGGGUUUGUCUGCUGCACAACAGAAGCCAUCUUCUCUUCCUACAGCGCCGUGCCCUUUAGAAAUCCAGACAGAGCCUCGUGAAACCCUGGAAUACAAAGCAGCACUUGAGCUAGAAAUGUGGAAAGAGAUGCAGGAAGACAUUUUUGAAAAUCAGCUAAAGCAGAAAGAACUGGCUCAUAUGCAGGCUCUUGCAGAGGAAUGGAAGAAAAGGGACCGAGAGAGAGAAUCACUAGUAAAGAAAAAGGUGGCUGAAUAUACUGUUCUAGAAGGAAAACUUCAGAAAACCCUAAUUGACUUAGAGAAGCGAGAGCAGCAGCUUGCCAUUACAGAAUCAGAGCUUCAAAGAGAAAGAAAGGAAUUGAAGUCAGAACGUGAACGGAACCUGCAAGAACUUCAGGACUCCAUCCGCCGGGCCAGAGAAGAUUGUGUUCACCAAGUGGAACUAGAAAGAUUAAAGAUCAAGCAGCUGGAGGAGGAUAAACACCGACUUCACCAGCAGCUUAAUGAUGCUGAAAAAAGGUAUAAGAUUUUGGAAAAAGAGUUUCAUCAGUUCAAGGAUCAGCAAAGCAACAAACCAGAAAUCCGUCUACAGUCUGAAAUAAAUCUUCUCACCUUAGAAAAGGUUGAACUUGAAAGAAAGUUGGAAUCUGCAACUAAGUCUAAACUGCAUUACAAGCAGCAGUGGGGACGAGCUUUGAAAGAACUUGCCAGACUUAAACAGCGGGAACAAGAAAGUCAAAUGGCUCGUCUUAAAAAGCAGCAAGAAGAAUUGGAACAGAUGAGACUACGUUACCUGGCAGCCGAGGAAAAAGAUACAGUAAAAACCGAGAGACAAGAAUUAUUGGAUAUAAGAAAUGAAUUGAACAGGUUAAGGCAACAAGAACAAAACCGGUACCAAGAUUCCAGAGAGAUUGCAAGUGGAAAAAUGGAUGAGCCACAUGGCAACAUGUUGGAAGAAGGUCUGGACGAUUACUUGACCCGCCUAAUAGAAGAAAGGGAUACUUUGAUGAGGACGGGUGUGUACAAUCACGAGGAUCGAAUAAUAAGUGAACUCGACCGACAGAUCAGAGAGGUUUUGGCAAAAAAUAACGCCAGUAAUUAAUAACACUUGGAAAAUCUUUACAGAGACUCCAGGUCUAAAUUUUAAUUUCAUUGUAAAACCCUCAAGAGAAGGGAAAAUGGAUGUUUUAAGAUGCAGUUUUCAACUUUUUAUAAGCAAAAUUUUGUAUGUUAUUGUAUAGUAUUUAUUUGAUUUUAUUUACUUUAUACUACCUCUCCCACUCUGGUUUUAUUUGCAGUUGCAUUUUUCAUACUCAUUUUUAAUGACUUCAGUAUUUUUCAUAAUUUAUAAUUUUAUGGCUAACUUUUAAAACAGCUUUUCAUAAAUUUGUUCUCAGAGAAAUGACAGCAGUAAUUUCCAGUUACAUAAUUUUUCAUGUUGAGCCAAAAGAGUGUAUUUUGCACGUUAAAGAUGCUAUGUACUGAUCAUUUAAAAAUUAGUAUCAUAAAGUUGAGACCAACUGUAAAUGUAACCAGUUUUAUUUCACUUUAGGUGACUUGUCUUUUUAAGUUGUAACAUUUGUUAAGUGACAAGCUUGAAAACAGCAGAAUCAAUGCAGGGAAGCCAUAUGACGUUGAUAACAAAUUAGUAAUUUAUUGAAAUAAAGUUAAUACAAAUUCACCUUGUUUCAACCACUACUGAAUUUCAAAUUUUUCAGGGUACUCUCAACUUUUAAGAAUAUAAAGUGAUAGCUUAAUAAGAUCUUCUCUGUUAGUCUCCUGCUCAAGACUUCAUUAAUUGCUUUUGUUGAGAGUAGAGUUUUCUUUUUCUUUUCCUCAAUAAUAGUGAUACUAGUCAUUAACUCAAACCCCCUAUAGUAUAGGGGAAACAGACACAAAGGGCUUUAGCUGAGAAAGUAGAGUAAAAAACUACUACUUUUAACUUCCCCUAAUUUAUAUCAGUCUUUUUCAAAAGCACCUGAGAUUAAGUCAUGGGCUCAUGCCAUGCCAUGUCUGCAUAAGCUUAAAGAAUUCUUUACGUCGUCGUUUUCUGAGCCAGCAAUGGCCCUCAAAGCCACACUUUCCACCUCCUUUUAUAGGGUACUGAAAAGGUUUAUUAGCAAAUUCACAGAUUGUCUUAAAAUAUAUGUAGUUUAAAGUUUCUGAUUUCCAAAUAUAAUAAAUUUAAGUAUACUUUCGGAAGUGUAUACUAUGUACUGGCAACUUCCAUAAAAACAGAAUAGGCUAUUUGGUAACAAUAAAUUAAUUUUCUGUUGUUUUCAAGAAAGUUUAUGCCUUGUUUGGCAAAUUAAAGCCCCUAUACACAUUUUGUUUCUUCCUGAUUAACAAAGUAUUAAUCUCCUAAAAACAACUGGGCAGUAAAUAACAGAGAAAAAUUACUGAAUGAGAGAAUAAUGAAUAUGUGAAUCAUAGGAAUUUGAAAUACUAAUUAUGUUAGAUGUUUUCUCUCAUUGAUUUUUGUGCCACAUGAAUGGAACAGCAGUAUUGUUUUUGUUUUGGAAGGUCUGGGGAUUUUAGCUGUGCCUGGCCUUCCAUUGUGCACUGCGUGUGACUGUUUUCAAACACUAGAGGGGGCCUUAGAUUUAAAGAAACAAAAAGGACUUCUCUAAAAUGGAUGUGUGGUUUAUUUUGCCUUCUGUAAAGCGAUCUUUUGGCUGUGUCAUUUAACAAAUAAAAAUCACAGUUGCACGCGG